UAAGAGUAAUUGCUGACAGCUAGAGAAGACUAAGACUUCUGGUUCCCAUUUCCAAUUUUCCUAGGAGCCUCUUGCUCACUUGGUCAAUUACAUAAAACAGUCCUCUCAACUAUUUUUAGUUGUGUUAUAUAUUGUCUUCACAGAGAGAUCAUAACUUACUUGAGGCUGGGCCUAUAUCUUAAAUAUGCUUUUUAUAUCCACCACAGCUCUAGCAGAUUCUGGUUUAUUGUGUUUAAUACUGAAUAGUAAUAGCAUCACAUAUCACAGAGAAUGCAACUCAGAAAAGAAAAUAGAAAUAUACAAGAAAAUAUAAUUUAAAUUAUCAACAAACACACAAGACAGAUUAAUAUUUCAUCUCACUUAUUUGACUUUGUUUAAAACCUGAGACUCUGCAGAGUCGCGUGGUGGCGCUGCAGGAUAAGAUGGGGAAAUUUUUGUAACCUCAGAUGCUCUGGUUUCCAUUAACCAGUGGAACUGAAAGCGCUGGAAGAGCAGGGGGGAAAAGAGGCUUUCAAGAGAAAGGUAGGGAGCAAACAACACCCUCUCGACAGGAUUACAAGUCUAGAGAUUCUCAAUGGUCCAGGCUGAUAGAUGAGAGAAGUAACUCCCAGAGCUGUUCGGGAUUGAGUUGAAACAUUUCCGCAGAAGAACGUUUGGCUGAGGAGCCAUGGAGCCGGGAGAGGUGAGCCGUCAGCAGAUAAGGCAAGUGCUGCUUUUCUUUGUUUGCUUAGGAGGGUCUUUGGUCUGUUCAGAGACCUGGCGCUAUUCUGUGGCAGAGGAAACAGAGAUCGGCUCCUUUAUAGCCAACAUGCUGAAAGACACAGGUUUGGGUGUGGAAGACCUGGCUGCACGGGGAGCCAGAGUCAUCUUUGAUGACUAUAAACCAUAUUUGUGGUUGGAUCAGCAGACCGGCAACUUACUCUUAAAUGAGCAACUGGACAGGGAGGCACUUUGCGAUCUCACUGAGCCAUGUGUAUUGAAUUUCCAGGUAUUAUUUGAAAAUCCUUUGCAAUUUUUCCAGGCUGAGCUUUGGGUCAAAGACAUAAAUGAUCACACUCCCACAUUCCUAGAUAAACAUAUACUUCUGAAAAUCUCAGAAGGUACUGCUCCAGGAACCUCAUUCCAAAUGGAUAGUGCUCAGGACUUGGAUGUAGGAAAGAAUGGUGUCCAAAACUACACAUUAAGCCCUAAUCCACAUUUCCACCUUAAAUUACAAGACAGCGAUGGGGGCAGAAAAUACCCAGAGCUGUUACUGGACCAAUCUCUGGAUCGAGAAAAGGAGUCUGAGCUUAGAUUAACGCUAACAGCUUUGGAUGGUGGGUCUCCGCCCAGGUCCGGAACAGCUCUGGUUCGUGUUUUGGUCUUAGAUAUCAAUGACAAUGCCCCAGAGUUUGAGAGACCCAUCUAUGAGGUUCAAGUACCAGAGAACAGCCCUCUGGAAUCCUUGGUCAUCAAGGUGUCUGCUACAGAUUUAGACGCAGGAAUAAAUGGAGAAAUCUCUUAUUCAUUUUCCCACAUCUCCAAAGACGUACGGAAAACAUUUGAAAUCCAUCCAAUUUCUGGUGAAGUCCAUUUAAAAGCACUUUUGGAUUUUGAGUUAAUCCAGUCUUACACAAUAAAUAUUCAAGCCAUUGAUGGUGGGAGCCUUUUAGGAAAAUCAACAAUUUUAGUUCAAGUUGUAGAUGUGAAUGACAACCCACCAGAAAUACUCAUGACCUCUCUUACCAACCCCAUACCAGAAAAUUCGUCUCCUGAGAUGGUAGUCGCUGUUUUUAGCAUAAGAGACCAAGACUCUGGGGACAACGGGAGGAUGGUUUGUUCCAUUCAGGACAAUCUCCCCUUUCUCUUGAAGCCUACCUUCAAGAAUUUCUACACUCUGGUAACAGAGCGCCCAUUGGACCGAGAGACCAAAACCAAAUAUAACAUUACCAUCACUGUCACCGACAUGGGAUCCCCCAGGCUGAAAACCGAGCACAACUUAACCCUGCUGGUCUCCGACGUCAAUGACAACGCCCCCGCCUUCACCCAAACCUCCUACACCCUGCGGGUCCGCGAGAACAACAGCCCCGGCCACUUUCCGGGCCACCUGGUGGACGUCGGCGGUACUGGGACCCUGUCCCAGAGCCACCAGUAUGAGGUGUGUCUGAGGGGAGGCUCUGGGACCAGCGAGUUCAAGUUCCUUAAACCCAUUAUUCCCAACCUCCCGCCCCAAGACAGUGAAAUGGAGGAAAGCCACAGCUUUCUGAGUGGCUUUGGAUUCAAUUAG